UAUUGAAGAAAAGUUAAAAAUCGGAUUAGUUUUAUAAUGUGGCAAGUCAAGGCAAUUGUUGAGAUCAGCUGUCCACUUAAUGUAUAUGAUUAAUAACUAGUGGAAUUUUACACAUAUGUGUAAUCAAGAUUAAUCAUAAGCAAUCGCAGAGUGAGGAUAUCUGAACGCAAGUCGUCGGAUCCGCACAUUUGAAUAGCAUAAAGAGCGAGAGAGAGAGAGCGAGAAAAUAAAUUACGUAAAUAAUACGAAGACUCUGUUAUACUGGAGCAAAACGGAGAAAGUACUAGGGGUGCAGAGUCCCCCGACGCCAACCAAGAAAAUCGAGCGACGUGUUGGUGGACUCCGUGGACUGCUAUGGGUUGCUUUGGCUCUCCAACUUCAAAACAGUCUGAUGUCAACUCGGAGGAUUCGAAAAGUCAAAAGCGAAGAAGCGAUGCCAUAUCCAGGCAAUUGCAGAAAGAUAAACAGCUUUAUAGGGCAACGCACAGGUUGCUCUUGCUGGGAGCGGGUGAGUCCGGUAAAUCAACUAUAGUCAAACAAAUGCGGAUAUUGCACGUCGAUGGAUUUUCUGAACAAGAGAAAAAACAGAAAAUUGAUGAUAUUAAAAAAAAUAUUCGUGAUGCUAUAUUGUUUAUUACAAUAAUAAUCUCUAUUCCAGGUCCUGACUUCAACUAUCCUCCAGAAUUUUAUGAACACACAGAAGAACUAUGGAAAGACAAAGGGGUCCUUCAAACCUAUGAGAGGUCAAAUGAAUAUCAAUUAAUUGACUGCGCAAAAUACUUUUUGGACCGAGUUAGCACAAUUAAGAAUCCAAAUUAUACCCCCAAUGAGCAGGAUAUUCUUCGGUGCCGUGUUUUGACUUCUGGAAUAUUUGAAACAAGAUUUCAGGUGGACAAAGUUAAUUUCCAUAUGUUCGAUGUGGGAGGACAGCGCGACGAGCGUCGGAAGUGGAUUCAAUGUUUCAAUGAUGUAACUGCUAUAAUCUUUGUAACGGCAUGCUCAAGUUAUAACAUGGUUUUGCGUGAGGAUCCCACUCAAAAUCGGCUUCGUGAAUCCUUAGACUUAUUUAAGAGUAUUUGGAAUAACAGAUGGCUACGCACAAUUUCUAUUAUACUUUUUCUAAAUAAGCAAGAUUUGUUAGCAGAGAAAAUUAAGGCUGGAAAAAGUAAAUUGUCGGAAUAUUUUUCCGAGUUUAACAAAUAUCAAACGCCAAGUGACGCAAUAAUGGAAUCUAACGAUGACCCAGAAGUAAUAAGAGCAAAAUAUUUUAUACGUGACGAGUUUCUGCGUAUAUCGACAGCAAGUGGAGACGGUAAACACUAUUGUUACCCACAUUUUACAUGCGCCGUUGACACAGAAAACAUAAAGCGAGUUUUUAAUGAUUGUAGGGACAUAAUUCAAAGGAUGCACCUUCGUCAAUAUGAAUUGUUAUAGGUUAUCCCUAUCGCCGUAAUUCAACAAAUAAAGUGAAGAAUAUAUUAUUGAA